CACCCUUCUGUGGAAUAUAGACCCCCUAUUUAUAGAGCUGGCAGGGCCUGGAGCUCCGGGCUCAACACAAACUUUCAUUUAGGCAGCCACCACUACCCUGCACACACACACACACACACACACACACACACACAAACACAGAGGAGAGACAAGUGUGUUAACGUCUGCAGGGAAGAGUGGGAGUCCGAGUUUGAGAGACACACGCACAAGACAAAGAGCAGGAGGCAGAGCCGGAGAGACUGAACGCCGCUGAGGAUCCGCAGUGAAGAAGUUACAAGAACGCAGUCGAUGAGGAGAAGAACUUGACUGACAGGACAACACAGUCGUCCACCUGUUGAAGACGGAUCUCUAUAUCGGACAUUUGGAGGAGAGCUGAUUGGAGACGGACAAACAAAAGACUGACACUCUGGACAACUUGAGUGAAGGAGAACCUGGAUUUUAAAGGACAUACCGAGAUCAUACUGUUGUUCUACAGACCGUUGGAUCCAUACCAGUAUUAUCUACCUAAGUAAGCCACAUAAGUCAAGCAUUUUAGAUAUAUUGUUGAAGUUGAUGCUGUUUUAUAAGAUUAAAACAGAUGCUGUAAAAGCUUUUACAUGACUGGAUAUAAAUGUUCGCAGAUCUUAGACCCAGUGCUCUAAUUACACAGGAAGCUCGCAGAAAAAAAAAAGCUACAGACAUUUGUAAUUAAGGGUCAUCUAUAAAAAGGACCAAAGAAAAGGGUGAGGCCUGUGUGAAAGAAAAUUGCGGGCCUCAGCGUGUCAGGAACGCGAAGUCAAAACAUUGUGAAGUCAAAAUAUUCCAUAUCAACAAGGACACCGGCUCAAAGAGACGGACGCUAAGAGAAGAAGGGCUUCUCCUGGGGGACGAGGCUCGCCAUGGAUUCUCAUGGAGGACACUACCUCAACAAAGAGGCCGUGCUGUCUCCGCUGGGCAUCGCCCGGAUGUGCCAGCUGCUGCUGGGCUGCACCAUCAUGGCCCUGGUGUCCCACAGCGCGGGCUACAGCGCCAACUACGGCACCUUCUGCAUGUUCGUGUGGUGCUUCUGCUUCGCCGUCACGCUGCUGGUGUUCACCCUGGACAUCACCCGGCUGCACACCUGCAUGCCCAUCUCCUGGGACAACUUCACCGUGGCCUUCGCCAUGCUGGCCACGCUCAUGUACAUCACCGCCUCGGUGGUGUACCCCGUCUACUUCCUCCAGACCGAGUGUCCGGACGAGAGCUGCGAGGUCCAGUUCUACCGGAUCGCCGUCACCGUCUGCUCCAGCGUCUGCUGCUUCCCCUACGGGGCCGAGGUCUUCCUGACCAGGGCCAAGCCGGGCGCCGUGGUGGGCUACAUGGCCACCGUGUCGGGCCUGCUCAAGGUGGUGCAGGCCUUCGUGGCCUGCAUCAUCUUCGGCGCGUUGGCCAACGACAGCGAGUACAGCGUGUACAUCGCCACCCAGUACUGCGUGGUGGUGUUCAGCCUGUGCUUCUCCGUCACCGUCAUCGUCAUCGUGCUGACGGUGUCCGGCCGGACCGCCGCCCUGCGGCUCCCCUUCGACCGCUUCGUGGUGAUCUACACCUUCUUCGCGGUGGUCCUCUACCUCAGCACCACGCUGAUCUGGCCCAUCUUCAGCUUCGACAAGAAGUACGGCAACACCACCCGCCCGGAGGCCUGCCCGCGUGGAGCAUGCCCUUGGGACAGCAAGCUGGUGGUGGCCGUGUUCACCAGCGUCAACCUGAUUUUGUACUUUGUUGAUCUUAUUUACUCCCAGAGGAUCCGCUUUGUCUCAAGCUCUGCUGUAUGAGGACUUUCUCAUGACGCCUUUUUAAAGACAGAAACUUUGAAACCACAUCUAUCAUUCAGUUCUGUGUGAAAGACUCUUUGCAUUUUAUCCAUGAUUCCUCAUGUAUGUGAGGCGUUUGCUCCCAUCAGUAUUCAUCUACUGUCCAGAAUGUGUACAGACGUGUACUGCACUCACAAAUGAAGACAAAUAUUUACUGUUUUUCUGAAUUAAUGAGGCGCUCAGAUA